AUGGAGUGCUUAAGAUCUGUAUCCUACUCUUUUAAUAUAAAUGGGGAGGUUAGAGAAUAUGCGAACCCCAGAAGAGGAAUCAGACAAGGGGACCCUCUAUCCCUUUAUCUAUUUCUACUUUGUUCUGAGGGAUUUUCCAACCUGAUCAGGAAGGCUGCAUCAAAUAGGAAGCUCUUAGGGAUGAGGAUAAGCAGACAUGGACCUAGUAUUACACAUCUGUUCUUUGCAGAUGAUUCAUUGAUCUUUUACAAAGCAAAUAUGGAUCAGGCAACUGAGUUAACGAGGGUGCUGCAAGUGUAUGCCUUGCGGUCAAGCCAACUGAUAAAUCUGGAUAAGUCUUCCAUACUGUUAAGUAAGAAUGUGAGGCCAGAAUUGAUGCAUGAGAUUUGUCAAACCACGGGGAACAUGCAAAGAGUAAGUCAAGGCAAGUACCUCGGAUUACCAAUGGUAGUAUCAAGAACAAAAGAGCAGAUUUUUGCAUUUGUCAAGACAAACAUACAACAGAGAAUUCUCAAGUGGAAAAAUAGAUUCUUAAGUGCAGCAGGAAAGGAAAUAAUGCUUAAAUCAGUAGCUCUAGCUAUGCCUACGUACACUAUGUCCUGCUUCAAGGUUCCAUCUAGAUUGUGUAAGGAAAUCAGUUCACUAAUGUCAAACUAUUGGUGGGGAAAGGCCAAUGGAAAGAAUAAAGUACACUGGUGCUCCUGGAGGAAGCUCACUCAAAACAAGAACAUGGGAGGCUUAGGCUUCAAAGACUUGGAGGCAUUUAAUACGGCACUACUAGGAAAACAGGUAUGGAGGCUGAUAACACAACCUAACCUUCUAGUCAAUCAAGUUAUGAAGGCAAAAUACUUUCCCUGGACCUCCAUAUUCAGGUGCAAAGUCCCAAACAAUGCAUCCUGGAUAUGGAGGAGCCUUGUGGGAGCUAGAGAGCUGGUGGAACAAGGGACCAGAAGAAAGAUUGGCAAUGGAAAAAACAAAAAUAUAUGGGAAGAUAGCUGGAUCCCAGAUACAUCAAAUGGAAGAGUGACAACCAGGAGAGCUAUGGACAAUGGACUUCAGAAAGUGGAAGAGCUGAUUUGCCAGAAGAGAUGGAACAGGAAUUUGGUUUUCCAAAAUUUCAACAGAGAAGAUGCAGACAGGAUCCUGAGUAUACCAAUAAGCUUAUCAGGAAGGGAAGAUAGCCAUUUUUGGAUACAUGGGGUAGAUGGAAAUUACUCAGUCAAUUCAGGGUAUAAGGUGCAGGCUCUUAACAAUGAUAACAAGCAGAAAAGAAACCAGAUGGAGGGCUCUACAAUGAGAGACACCAUCUAUGGCAAAAUCAAAGUUGGGGAUCCCAUUUGCAAGAGAUGUGGAGAGGAAAGGGAGACGAUUGAACAUGCACUUUUGAACUGCAGUGAAGCAAAACAGACAUGGAAGUUAGCCCCAAUCCAAUGGAAAGGAAUGAUGGAACAGCAUGGAAGUUUUAAAAGAUGGUGGAUAUCAAUUGCAGAAGCCAGACACAGACCAGAAGGAUGGCAACAUAUUUCUUUAUCUGUCCAUAUUCUCUGGCAGAUAUGGAAAGAUAGGAAUGAGGUGGAAUUCAAUGGAAAGAAAAACCAGCCAUGGAGGACAAUACAGAAGGCACAGGAGGAUUGGUUAGAAUUUGGGGAGAUAGAUAAAAGGGAAACUAGGAUGAGCACAGAGGAAACAGAAGCACUACAUCAAAACAAUCAGUAG